AUGGCAUCCACUCUUCCCAGGCUCCCCCUCUUCGAGGCCAUUUCAAAACACCAUCCGGAAUCGACAGCAGUAACACAUUGCCUCUCGGGGCGCACUUUCAGAUAUGGCGAGCUGCUCCCGGAUGUAGUACGAGCACGCGACAGGAUCUAUGAGGCGGCAGGCAAAUCAGAUAUCCAGGGCGAGCGCAUAGCCUUCUUGGUUGAGAACAGUUAUGACUACGUCGUCACUCUCCUCGCGAUUCUCGCAGCUCGCGCCAUUGCACUCCCACUCUCCCCUCCAUUCCCGCCCGCCGAGCUGCAGUAUAUCCUCUCCCAUUCAGAAGCGCUUUUGCUGCUUCACUCGCCCAAAUAUGCUACCAAGGCACAAGAGAUCCUCUCAACGCCCUUCCCGAGCCCUUCGCCGAAUGCUGCACCACAUCCACACCCUAUAUUAUACGAGCUGCCCAAGCACUAUGGAGGUAGCUCGACUUCUGACUCAAUAGCGAUAUCUGAUAAUAGGGAUUCGGAAGGAGCAGGCAUGAUGCUAUACACGUCUGGUACCACAGCUAGGCCAAAGGGCGUGCUCCUGCCCGAAACGGCGUUGACCGCGCAAUGCCACUCGCUGCUCUCGGCGUGGAAGUACUCUCCGAAAGACCGCCUACUGCAUGUUCUGCCGCUACACCACAUCCACGGCACCGUUAACGCUGUUCUGACACCUCUGUUUGCCGGAAGUACAAUCGAGUUUCUGUUUCCCUUCAAUGCAGAUGCUGUCUGGCGGCGGUUCGCGAACCCAUACAUGAGCAAGCUGCUACCGAACGUCGCAAAUGGUUACGACACCCCUCCAUACACAAGCGGUAACGUAACGCCUGUUGACGACAAAUGGGCGCGCAUGUCCAAGGCGCCCAUAACCUUCUUCACCGUGGUGCCCACCGUCUAUACACGUCUUCUGACAACACAUGGCACCUUGCCCGAGCCAGUCGCAACUGCUGCUCGACAGGCAAUUUCCCCCUCAAAUAUGCGCGUCUCCAUCUCCGGCUCAGCUGCCCUCCCUACACCCGUAAAACGCGCCUGGAAGGAGUUGUCCCAUGGCAAUGUGCUGCUUGAGCGCUACGGCAUGACCGAGGUGGGUAUGGCGCUCUCCUGCGGCCUCUCGUAUGUCGACCGUGUAGAUGGCUCUGUCGGCUGGCCACUGCCGGGCGUCGAGGCCCGGUUGGUGGAUACCGACACGAACGAGAUUAUCGAGGAAGGCGAGGAACACGACAGCCAAGGCAAAGAACGACAGGGCAUGAUCCAGCUGAGGGGCAAGAACGUGUUCCGCGAGUACUGGCGCAACCCCGAAGCGACGGUCAAAGAGUUCGUCGAGGGCGAGGACGGCCGGGGCCGGUGGUUCAAGACGGGCGAUAUCGCGGUGCGGAGGGCUGUUCCGGGAAGCGGGAGCGGCGAGAGCGGCGAAUUCGCACAGGGCAAAAUGUACUUUAUCCUCGGGCGCGCAUCCGCCGACAUCAUCAAGUCCGGGGGCGAAAAGGUCUCCGCGCUCGAGGUGGAGCGCGAGAUGCUCUCCCUGCCCAACGUGGCCGAGGCCGCGGUGCUUGCGGUGCCCAGCGGUAAAUGGGGCCAGAAAGUCGGCGCCGUCAUCGUACUAAACCCCGAGUACAAGGAGCGGGGCUGGAAGCCGAUGGAGAUGCGGAAGGCGCUGAGGGACAGACUCGCCAACUACAAGAUUCCCCAGGUGUUAAGAGUGGUCGAUAGCAUACCGCGAAACGCCAUGGGCAAGGUCAACAAGAAAACCCUUGUAAAGGCCGUGUUUGUGGAUGAUUUCAGUGGAGAUGAAAUGUGA